CUGCGCUCUUUACAGUCUCGAUUCUGUCUCGGUGUAAUUGGUUCCAAAGCUGUUCACUGCAGGGGAAGUACUUGACUUUGAGCUCAUGUUCUCCUCUACAUUCCUCUGCCGCCUACUGGGUGUCUGGCUUGCUUGCCUUUCCUGGCACCACGCCCUCCUCCAUGGAGAGCUCUGGAUGUGAUGCGGUUUCUGUCCUGGAGGAUGACUUGGCGUUGUCGGACACCGACGACUCUGCUGUUAUGAACCACUGGCUCGAACUACCUCGUCCUGCGCCGCCUCACCACUUUCCGCCUUCUCCUCAGCAUGGACCCCGCCAGUUGGUCACUUCACUCUCCUCUGCUAAGCGGCCUGCUGAUGACUCCUCUGCCUCGGAUACUGAAGAGUGUCUGCCUCCUUCUGUCAAGUCCGCUAAGGGUACUUCACCCGUGCUUGGUGAGCCUGUUACUCUGUUUCUGGUGCUUCUCCCGUUACCUCUUCUCGAUCCUCGCCUCCAGAGUUUGUUCCUCGCGAGAGGUGUCAAGCUUGCCUUCAGUGGGAACCCGUCUACCGAGGUUAAACUUCGCUGGCUGCCGGCUGUCACCAAGGCUUUCCACUUCCAACGGGACGCGACCGAGGUCAAGAUGGUUGCUCUCACUUCUCGCUUCGUCUAUACGUUUCGAGGAAGCAUUCGGACAUAAUGGAGCGAAUUAAGUCGGGUGCUGGGGUUUUGGCCAUAUCUUCAAGUACCGUUCUGCCUCACCCAAGUGUGCCUGGUGUGCUGCCGCCCACGAGUCCAGGGAGUGUUACGUCCGGCGCUCGGCCCCGCUUUCCUCUGCUUCUACCUUCACCAACGAACCUCCACUUCCGCCGAACUCGUCGCAGUGGAAAGUGUCCUCGUUGCCUACAGCCUGGUGUCAACGUGUGGCACGGCUGUGCUCGACGCCAGACCCAACCUCGUGGCAUUGAUUCUGUCCCACCGCCGCCUCUAUCCACGCGUGUUCCUCCUACUCCUCCUCUUCCCCGGCGGAUGCUGCUCUCCGAAAGGCUGUUGCUUCUCUCCAGACGAGGUGCGCAGCGCUUGAGGACCGCUUUGCCUCUCUUGACGCAAGGAUUAACAAACUCACCGACGCUCAUGCUGCUACUGCAUCCAGGAGCUCUACUCUGCUUGAAUCUCAGGAAACCACCGUCUCUUCAGUUUCCACGCUUGCUGAGAGGAUGGACUUCGUUGGCGCUCGUCUUGACAACCUGUGUGAAUUACUUCCCAGUCCGGGCCAGUCUUCCACGAGUCGUACCUCUUCCCACACUCUCCAGUCUCCUCCAUCCAAGCACUGUGUUCGUCAUUGAUUCUCAACUGAAGUUACUCUCAUAGAACGUCUGUGGAGUCACCAGAUUUGACAUCUGAGGUCCUUGGACCAUCGUGUCUGGCCCUUGGCCAUGAUGUUUUUGUUUUUUGGGAGAGGCUGGCCUCCUCCCCUAUUUGUGAAUUUUAGAAUUUUAUUUUAUUUUAUGUAUUUUAAUGUUUUAUAAAG